AUGAAGGAAGAUGGCAAAAGCAGCGAACAGAGAAGAGGAAGAGAGGAGACGAAGCGACAAACAGAGAAGACGAAGGAGAAGAGAAAGACGAAGAAAGAUGCCAAAGGCAGCGAACAGAGAAUCAACAGAAGACGAAGAAAGAAAUCGAAGACGAAGAAAGAUGACAAAAGCAGCGAUCAGAGAAUCAACAGAAGACGAAGAAGAGAAAGACAAAGAAAGAUGCCAAAAGCAGCGAACAGAGAAUCAACAGAAGACGAAGAAAGAAAUCGAAGACGAAGAAAGAUGACAAAAGCAGCGAUCAGAGAAUCAACAGAAGAGGAAGAGAAAACGAAGAUGAAGAAAAGAGAAGAAGAAAGACGAAGGAAGAUGCCAAAAGCAGCGAACAGAGAAUCAACAGAAGACGAAGAAAGAAAACGAAGACGAAGAAAGAUGACAAAAGCAGCGAACAGAGAAUCAACAGAAGACUCUUAA